AUGCGUAACUACUCGAAAGCACUUGAAUUUUACGACAAAGCACAUCAAAUCUAUGAAAAAUCUCUGCCUCCGAAUCAUCCCUCAUUGGCUACUUCCUACAACAACAUCGGUCUUGCGUAUGACAGCAUGGGUAACUACUCGAAAGCACUUGAAUUUUACGACAAAGCACUUAAAAUAAGAGAAAAAGCUCUGCCUCCGAAUCAUCCCUUAUUGGCUACUUCCUACAACAACAUCGGCAUGGCUUAUUCCGGACAAGAUGACUACCCAAAAGCACUUUCAUAUCUAGAAAAGGCACUUGCUAUCCGACAAAAAUCACUUCCACCAACACAUCCUCUUAUUAAAACGACAAUAGAUAACAUUAACUCUGUGAAAAAGAAAAUGUAA